GCCCUCCUCUUUAGGAGGGAUUUAAGGGGCUUUCUAUGGCUAUAGACUACAAGGACAAAUAGCACCCCCAAACCCCAGAGCUCAGUUAUGAAGCUGCUCGUGGGGAGAAGAUGGAAGGAGAGAUUUCGGUCUAAAGCAGAUGAGCUGAGCUGAAGGCAUCGCUCCAUCCUUCCCACCAGACAGGCAAAAAAAUGUAAUCGGAGGAGCUGAAGAUCUGAGCAGCCUGCCAGUGCUGGCACCCUGCAUCCUGCACAGGCUCCUGCUGCCUCAGGCAUCUUUUCCUCUCCCCCUUUGCCUCCUGCAAGAUUUAAGCCUUUCAUUUGCAACCUCGACUCCUGACAAUCCUUGUCAAUAAAUGAGGGAGCAUAAUGCUGAACAGCAUCACUGAUGGGCUCCUGUGCUGCCUGAUGGGCAAGACGACGAACACUGUGGGGCCACUGGACAGUGUUGAGUCCAGCAACGGCUACAGCUUCAUGGAGGUGAAACCGGGGAGAAUCCUGCGGGUCCGGCACAGCACACCCAACCGCCCAGCCCCGGAGGGACCCGAGGAGACCCAGCCCGGGGGCCCGGAGCGGGGCACAGUGCACUGCAAGCGCAAAAUCACCGUCUACCGCAACGGGCAGCUGGUGAUCGAGAACCUGGGGGAGGCCGUCCGCUCCGAGAUCCUGCACUGCCAGAAUGGCUCGGGGGAACCCAACGGCACCAUGGAGCUGGAGCUCCCCGAUCCAGCUGGCCAAACCCCCGCCCAGGGUCCCGCCACCACGCCGGGCUGCGGCACGCGGGAAGCAACCGCUGCCCCCGGCAAGCGUCGGAAGCGUAAACCCAAGAAAGUCGUCAACAUCGACUGCAAGAAGCAGAUCACAAGCUGCAAAGGGACGCACAGCGACGUGGUCCUCUUCUUCAUCCACGGCGUGGGUGGCUCGCUCGACAUCUGGAAGGAGCAGCUGGACUUCUUUACCAAGCUGGGCUACGAAGUGGUGGCUCCCGACCUGGCAGGCCACGGCUGCAGCUCGGCUCCCCAGAUUGCCGCCGCGUACACGUUCUACGCGCUGGCGGAGGACAUGAGGGCUGUCUUCAAACGCUACGCGAAGAAGAGGAAUAUCCUGAUAGGUCACUCAUACGGGGUGUCCUUCUGCACCUUCCUCGCCCACGAGUACCCAGACCUGGUCCAUAAGGUGAUUAUGAUCAACGGGGGGGGGCCAACAGCCCUGGAGCCCAGCCUCUGCUCCAUCUUCAACAUGCCCACCUGCGUCCUGCACUGCCUGUCCCCGUGCCUGGCCUGGAGCUUCCUCAAGGCUGGCUUUGCUCGCCAGGGUGCCAAAGAGAAGCAGUUGCUGAAGGAAGGCAACGCCUUCAACGUCUCCUCCUUCGUGCUGCGCGCCAUGAUGAGCGGGCAGUACUGGCCUGAGGGGGACGAGGUUUACCACGCGGAGCUGGCCGUGCCCGUGCUCCUGGUCCACGGCAUGCAUGACAAGUUCGUCCCGGUGGAGGAGGACCAGAGAAUGGCCGAGAUCCUGCUGAUCGCCUUCCUGAAGGUGAUCGACGAGGGCAGCCACAUGGUGAUGAUGGAGUGUCCUGAGACGGUCAACACGCUGCUCCACGAGUUCGUCCUGUGGGAGCCCGAGACGCCAGCUGGGGACGGGCAAGGGGAGAAGAAAUAAGACAGCGGAACGUGGUGACCGGGCUGCUCCGAUGGGAGAGAUGUUUCAGAGUGGAGAGGGGUUUGCGAGAGCGGAGGGGCGCGGCGGAGGCUGCCCUCGCCGGGAGCUCAGCUGAUUUUCUUUCCCGGCCGCAUUGGAGGCUGGUGGCGGAGCACAGAGGCUCCCCCGGGCAGGGCUGUGCGAGGCCGGCAGCGGGAACACGGCAGACCUGGUCCCCGUCCCCUCGGGGACAGCGUGGCAGCUGCUGGAGCGUCUUCAUCCUGUUUCUUUGUAAUAUUAUUUUCCUCACACAGCGAACCCCACCCCCAGGGACGGAGAGGAGGCGGCUGUAGGGAGACUGGUCCCACGUGCAGCAAAGUGGGAAGAACUUGGAGGGGUUGCUCCCUGGAGAGCGCAUCGGCUCCAGCACCGUCCUGGCCAGGGCCGGAGGAGAUGAGCUGGGGUUGUUUUCAGUGAAGCCAAAGGCUCCUCAGCCUUGGGAGUGGGAUUCGCCUCUCUGAGCCCCACAGCACCUCGCUUGAGCCGUUGGUGGGGCUGGGAGGACAGGACCCCCAUGACUGCUCCUGACUGCGCAGCUCGUCUCUGCCUGGCCAGAUGAGGAUGAGGAGGUGACCUGCUCCUAUGGGCACGACCAGAAGGCCCGUCAGCAGCUCCCCCGCCGUGGUGGGACCGGCGUGGCUGUGGCGGGGAGGAUAUCGCCAAACCUGAGCUCUCCCGUUGUCCCCCAGCGCUACCAUCUGUGCAAUCACGUCCCCAACCACCAUCGCUUUAGGUCGGCUUCUGCAGAGCCCUCAGCUUCCCUCCUGCUGCCGCAUCCUCGAGGGCUCGGAGCCAUCACAGCAACUCCCAGCACGUCCCAGCCGCUCGCCCCUCCCAGCUCCCACCUCCCUCCGGGACCCACCACCCGCCAGGAUCGCGCCCGUCCCCUCGUGCCCUGGGGGACCAGAACACACCGUCCCGUUGCUGCCGUGUCCGUCCUCGCCGGUGACUCCUGGACGGAUCCGCGAGGUCUUGGGGCAACACAGGAGUGAUGAAGCAAACCACAACCGUCGGAUCGCAAGGGAUGACGGCUCGUUACCUGCUGAGGCCGUUCUGUGUGUACCCCACCAGUCCCGUCACUUCCUCCCCUCUGCGCUUCACAUCCCGCUGCCAGGAGCCGGGCAGAACCGAGGAGGUACAUGACAAGUGUGGAGCGGGGACCUGGGCACCAUCGUGGGGUCUGGGGGCUCCCAGCCACGCUGGGAUGGGCGGGAUGGUGAGCUCAGGGGGUGCCCCCAUCCUCCCCGCUACCCCAAAGAGUGGAGCUGCUCCCUGCUUCGAUUCCCUCUUAUUUCCCCUCAUCUAAACCAAAGAAACCACCAGUCCCACAAAAACCAAACUCUUGGCCCACGUCCCACCCAGCACCCUCCUCGCCCUGAACGGGGCCGGCACUGCCCUAAAGCAUCCCAGGUUGGCUCGAGGGGGUCCCAGCUGGGCCCCCCACCUGCAACGCACCUUCCCCGAGGCUGAGCCCACCUUCCCUUGAGCGAUGGAGAAGAGGAAGGGUCCUGCGGAGCCAGCCCCGGUGUGAUGGGGACCCUGUGUGAUGUGUCCCCCCCAGGCAGCCCCCCGGCUCCAUCCCAGCGCUGGGGCAGAGCCUUCCCUCUGCCAGCGCGCCUGCCCCCGCCCGCUGCUGCCACAACCUGUCUCACAAUGAGAAUUUUAACAACCCUGGAGUUUCCACAAGCCUUCCCCCGCAACACCCCUUCCACCCCAUCCCCGCAGCAUGGCCGGGCUCUGCAAAGAGGGUACCCAGAAAUACCACCAAAGUACCCCAAAACACAGCUCUGCCCCCACGGUCGGUUCCAGGCAACUGUCAGUGCCCGGCUGUGGGCCACCACAGCUCUUCAACCUCGUUUGCCACCGAGUCUGUGCCGCUUGUAGCCACAUCGCUUGUGCCAAGGCCAAGGCAAAGCACCCACCAGAACCCCGCCGCCGAGCCACGCGCCGCGUUAGUGCCAUUUCAUACAGUAAAGCCGCGUUAUAUUC